AAGGGGCAAAUUUGUGCCUGGGUAUAUAUUGCAGUGGCACUCCUGAGGAUUCAAACACUCCUCUCUCCAGGGAGAACACAGAAGGAACGGUUCAGCUGCCUGUUCUGAGACUCUGCUUCAAAGGGAGCAAGAGCCCUUCACUGAAAUCCUCCCACCAUGCUGGGGCUGCUGCUGCUGCAGGUGUUGGCCAGCUGCCUCUGGCUGGGACACAGCGAGGUGGUGAAGUCCUAUAUUAGCUGUCCUCAGUUUUUCUAUUUGGGCCUUCCCCCAAAUGAUGUCCUGAAACCAAAUAACCCAGCCUGGAUCUGUCAGCGUUUGAACAACUCGUAUCACUAUGCCACCCUGUACGACAGAGACAGGAGAAUUCCAGUGUACUCUGCUUACAAAUACCGGCCUGGAUCUGGAAAAAGACCAGAUGUGCCAUGGAUGGUGGAGCCCCAGCUCAUAGGUGAAAAUAAUCUUAAAGAGAUGAUGGAUGACGUGUCCCUCAGAUACUAUCACAAGUUCACCUUAGACCAAAUCAAAGAGAGCCAGGCUGUUCCUGGUGACUACACACAACUGAAGGGUUUGGACCGUGGCCAUUUGUGCCCAAAUGGCCAUAUGGAGAAUAUAUUGAGCAGGGCAGCUACCUUCACCCAGACCAAUGUAGUGCCUCAGGACAGGCUUCUCAACAAUGGCAAGUGGAGCACCUACGAGUUUGAUACUAUGAAGGAAAUGAGCAAGGGCUGUAAGAACACCUUUGUGAUCACGGGUGCUGUGCCUGGGAACACCUUUGUUUCUAGCGGGAGGGUUAACAGACCCAGCCACAUCUGGUCAGCUGCCUGCUGCGUGGUGGACAAAAAUCCCGUAAAGGCUUGGGGGGCCAUUGCUGAGAACAACAAGAACGAGGUGGAGAACAUCACGCUGGGGGAGCUGGAGAACAGGCUGACCAGUCUCUACAAUGGAACGGUUACUCUGUUCAGCGCUGCCUGUCCCCGGCAAUAAGCCUCACAUCCUCAGUGGAAAAGCAUCUGUGGCUUUUCCCACAUGUCACAGAAUCACAGAAUGGGUUGGUUUUGAUGGGAUCAUAAAGCCUUAAAGAUCAUCUCAUUCUGAUCUGCCUGCCAUGGACAGGGACCCGCUUGUUCCAAGCCCUCCCCAGCCUGGCCUGGAAAUCUCCCAGGGAUGGGGCAGUCAAAAUAUCUCUGGGUAACUUUUACUUGUACCACACCCUCCUCAGGGUUAUUUACUUCAUUAAAAUAUCCCACCAGUGUGAAACCAUUCCCUCUUGUCCUGUCACUCCAUACCCUUGACCAAAGACCCUCUCCAGCCCUCUUAGAGAUCCUUGGGGUACUGCACUCUCAGCAGUCUUCUCCAGGCUGAACAUCCCCAGCUCUCUCACCCUCUCUCCAGAGCAGGCACGCUCCAGCCCUCGCAGCACCUUCAUGGCCUCCACUGGGCUCCACUCCAACAGCUUUGUGUCCUUCUUGUGCUGUGGGCCCAGAGCUGGAGGCAGCACUGCAGCUGGGGUCUCAGCAGAGCAGAGCAGAGGGGCACAAAUGUCCUGUGCAGAGUCUGUGCUGCUUCCUUCUCUGGUGUGUUUCCUGCUCUGUCCCUCAGGGCACCUCCUGCUCUGCUCAAAGGCACAGAGAUGUGGGCAGAGCCUCCAGCUGCUUGGCUUUGCUGCCCAUCUCAGGAGAGAGCUCUCAGGAACGAGUCCUCUCCUCCUCAGCUGUCCCCAGGAGUGUGCAGCUGAUUUGUCCCUCACCUCCUUACCAAGGCUGGGGCACCAGGGUGCCUCAGGUUGCCCAGAGGCCUUGUCUGGAGAUCUCCAUGUCUGCAGAUACCCAGAGCCCAGCAAUAGAUGAUUCUGGACAACCUGCUCCAGCUGAUCCUGCUGAAGCCUGGAGUCUGGACUAGAAAAUCCAGAGAAGUCCCUCCAAAACACAACAAUUCAGUGAUUCUGUGAUCCUGGGCCAGGAUUCGGUUUGCUUGCUUUUGAAACUGCACCUUGAGAGCAGCAGCUGUUGUAUCAGACAGGCAGGCUUUGGCAUCAGAUACACAGAAAGCUUUGAGCAGCCAAAGCUGAAUUCCUGUGAUGCAUUCCGUGGACACCUUCCUUCUCUGCUCUGCUUCUGAAGCUUUUCUGCAGAUUGAUGGGAAACUGAUAUGGGGAAAUGUAUUCAAUGGUUGUCAAAGACCAAUGUGUGCCACAUCAUGGAGUUUGCAAGAGCUUAAAAUAAAAUUUCUUUGCUGCA